AAAACACAUCCAUCUCAUCUCGUACAUCUAGUCGAAACUCACUAAAACUUAUAUACUUUUACACUUCCCUACUACGAAUCGUUAGCGCUAUAGUUUGUAACAUUUAAGAAGGAAUUGUCGAUCAAUAUUUACCAAGAAAUUCUAUAUAGAUUUACGCUAAUUGCAUAAUCACCUAACUUCAUCAUCAAUUAUAUUGAACGACAUUGAAAGCGGAUGGUAACCAAGUCGGAUAAUAAGCAGCAAUUUCAAAAUAGAAUAUUUACUGUGCAAACGCUUCGUUUGAUGCACCAACCCGAAUAGAUUAAAAAGGAAGUGAGAUAUACGUUUAGGUUAUGAGGUAGCUCGCAAAUCAUUCCCAACCACCCUCUUGAAGUUUUCCGAUCCUCUCUUAGAUCUCUCUUUAUUACCAAAAAGAAAGAAAACAAUAGAAAAACUCGCUGCAACGGUCACUAUGGGCCAAGGACAAUCUCAUGACAUAGUCCAACUCGAGACUAGAGUUGAAGAUCCAAAGAACGGAGAAUCCCCAAAGGGUCUUGCUCUCAUAGCACAUGGCCGUCUCGGAGGAAACUUUGACCAACCGCCAGUUCGCCUUCUCGCCGAGUAUCUAAGGGAUAAGAAACAGUUAAGAGUCGUCACAUGGAACGCCCGCGGAAUAGGCCAGAGUGGGGGAGGGAAUGAGUGGACAGACUUUGGCGUCUGGAUAGGAGACGCUGGGAUCAAUGACUACCAUCGAAUGCUUCGGGAGUCUAUGGCUCAAUAUGUAAAAGACUUCCCUGAUGCACAAGGGGCUCAGUUAUUCUUAUGUGGCUACUCAGCGGGCGCCAUUUUCGCCGGAUGCAGUCGUCCUCCGCUGUCAUUUCCCCAAUUCGCUCCCGCUCACUACAUCCUCAUAUCAUAUCCAAUAGAACUCAACCCCCUCAUCGCCUUUCACAAGUCGGGUUCCUACUUCCGCUCGGUCGAGGCGCUAGUACAGGGCUAUGGAUGGGAAAACCUGCCCGGCGAGUUCCAAGGUCUCGAACCAGAUGUGGCUGGAGUGCUUACCGUCACAGGCCAGUUCGAAGGCGUCUUCUAUGGCAUGUGGACUCAGAUUCUAGGGAGUAAGAAUGCUCGAAAUAUCCUAAGGCAAGUUAGUGUCGAAGGAGCCAAGCAUUCGUGGGAUGAUAAAGCGCCGCGUAUCGUUGAAGAAGUCGACAAGUGGUUGUCUAGUAUUUAAAGGCAUUGAUGAGGUAUGAGUAUCGAUCCUAAUUUUUCGGAUUACCUACAUGAUGUGUCUCUAGGAAACCGAAGCGAGUUGGCUCGGGGGAUUAUGGGGCCGUGUAUAGCUAAUUAUAAAUGUUAUAAAUAUUGAUAAUAUUCUGGAAGAGCCGAACGAGCUAGAGAGUGACUAUGAAUGGUCUCAAUAUGUCUUGAAGGCUGAUGUGAGUGUAAUUAAUAUCAUAGUACACACUCCACUUAUAUCAACAAAUCAAGACUUCAAAAGGACUCAAAAUGUACCGUUUUAAGAAUUAUGCAGAAGACUUAGUCAAUCAGAUUUAGAUGAACAACGUACAUGUAGCUAUCUUGCAUCUGAGGGCAUUGGCCGAGUGUUAUUGCCUACCCUUCACUAUAGUGAUGCACAUUUUCAUUCAACCC